AUGGCGACCAUCACGCAGACUCAAACCACCGCCGCCACCGAGAGUGCCCCUCUCAAGUUGACCCUGGCCUACCAGGAGGAGAUUCAUGAGGAGGUACUUGCUUACAAAUACUCGGCAUACCUCCCUGUCUAUGACACCGAGACCACUUUUCCCCCUCUCAAACCCUUCGAGUUCAACGACAGAGGUCUCGUCGCCAACAAGGAAAAGCCCAAUCUCUUGUCCAAAGAGAAUGUCCCCGCUCUCAAAGUGAUCAAUUUGACGCCUGGUAUUGGAACCGAAAUCCGGGGUCUUCAGCUGAGUCAGCUCAACGACAUCCAAAAGGACGAGUUGGCUCUCCUCAUCGCCGAGAGAGGCGUCGUCGUUUUCCGCGAUCAGGACUUCAAAGACAUUGGCAUCGAGAAGCAAAAAGAGUUUGGCCGGUACUUUGGGCCUCUUCACAUUCAUCCCGUCGGUGCCCACGUCAAAGAAUCGCAAGAAUUGCAUAACAUAUAUUUGGGUAGCGACAACGAAUACAGGAACCGCCGCCGAGGCAACCGUCUCACCACGACCGGCUAUCACUCGGACGUUUCCUACGAGCGCCAACCCCCCGGGAUCACCAUCCUGACUUUGCUCUCGGUGCCCCCUACAGGAGGCGACACCGCAUGGGAGUCCCAAACUGCCGCCUAUGCCCGUCUUUCCCCUCCCAUCCAGGCGCUUCUUGAAAACCUCCGCGCUGAGCACUCCGGCUUUCCCCAAGCAGAAGGCGCCCGCCGUGACGGCCUGUUUGUGCGCCGCGAACCAGUGAAAACCGAGCACCCGAUCGUUCGGGUUCACCCUGCCACAGGCCAAAAGGCACUUUUUGUCAACCCGGGUUUUACCAAGAGGAUUGUGGGGCUGAAGGAUGAGGAGAGCGAGGCGCUGUUGAAGCUUCUUUUCCACCACAUCACGUUUGGCCAGGACUUUCAAGUGAGGGUCAAGUGGGAGGAGGGGACAGUCGCACUCUGGGAUAAUAGGGUGACAAGUCACACUGCUAUCAGCGAUUACAAUGUUCACGUGCCCCAGGAAGGGUUGAGGCAUGGGUUCAGGAUCACGACGCUGGCAGAAAGGCCGAGGGGGGUCAAUGGACUGGAGAGCAGAUGGGAUGAGUAA